AUGCCCAGAUUAGACGACCACUUCUGGAGUUGUUCGUGUCUUGCCAGUGAGAGGCACAAAAACCACCCCAGAGUGGCUGCUGGAGGACUGGCAGCAAAAGUUGAAGAGAUGAUCAAUUCCUCUGCUUCUAGCCCUGCUCCGCUGGCCGACCCCAGCGCAGAGCACUCCAACCCCUCACACAGACAUCGAAGCAAUAGUCAGAGUGGCCACAAUUGCAGCAGUAGCGGCAGCCACACCAACAGUUGGCAUCAUCACUUGGUGCAAAGGAGCCUCGUGCUAUUUUCAGUUGGAGUUGUCCUAGCUCUGGUGCUAAACCUGCUGCAGAUACAGAGGAAUGUCACUCUUUUCCCUGAAGAAGUAAUUGCUACAAUCUUCUCUUCAGCCUGGUGGGUCCCUCCCUGCUGUGGGACAGCAGCUGCUGUUGUCGGCUUGUUGUACCCCUGCAUCGACAGUCAUCUUGGAGAACCCCACAAGUUCAAGAGAGAGUGGGCCAGUGUCAUGCGCUGUAUUGCGGUUUUUGUUGGCAUCAACCACGCCAGCGCUAAAUUGGAUUUUGCUAAUAAUGUCCAACUGUCCUUGACUUUAGCUGCCUUGUCUUUGGGCCUGUGGUGGACAUUUGAUCGUUCAAGAAGUGGUCUUGGCCUUGGCAUCACCAUAGCGUUUCUAGCCACUCUCAUCACUCAGUUUCUUGUAUAUAAUGGCGUUUAUCAGUAUACAUCCCCAGAUUUCCUCUAUAUUCGCUCUUGGCUCCCAUGCAUCUUCUUCUCAGGAGGAGUAACAGUAGGAAACAUAGGCAGACAGCUGGCUAUGGGUGUUCCUGAAAAGCCACAUAGUGAUUGA